CCUUCUGGCAUAUUCUUAGCAUUCUGGCGUUGAAGCGCUUCAAACUCGCCAGUAGUUGCAACGAACAAACAGUUCUUGUUAGCACGCAGUAAAGUGAGGAUCUUUUCGAAGAAUAUGAACUUAAACAUCGAAGCUGUGCAACUACAACAAAAGUAUUUGGAGCAGCGAAUCCAGCAGCACUCCGUUAAUUCUUUCCCAACGCGCUUCAGUGAUUUCUCGUAUGCCUCCUCCGAGGAAGAUGGUUCGCAGCAAUACGCAAGCAGUCCCAGCUACACGCUCUCCAUCAUCAGCACUGGCACCGAGAGCCACGCGGACGUGGGUAGUCACAAAGAAAACCACCUGUUGCUGCACGAUUGGCCCGCCGCCGCAGUAAGCUAUACGGGAAAUCGUUCGUUGCAACCAAUAACACAGGCGAAUCAUUUCUUUCCCAACUACAACUUCAACCCGCCACAGCAGUCGCUGCAUCAUCAACUCAAUGCCANCUAACCAAUAACACAGGCGAAUCAUUUCUUUCCCAACUACAACUUCAACCCGCCACAGCAGUCGCUGCAUCAUCAAAUCAAUGCCGGCAUUGCCGCCUCCGCUGGAGAGUGCUCCACAAGCACGACGCGCAGUAAAUCUGGUUCACCAAUAUCAGCGACAUCUGGCAAAUAUAACAGACGUGCCGCAACCCAUCUGCGCAAGGACUCAAGCUCGAAGAGAGCAGACGCCACCAUAAAGCCACCCAGCCCUAGCGUGCUUAAGCGCCGACGCCAAGCUGCCAAUGCCCGCGAGCGCAAGCGCAUGAAUGGCCUAAAUGAGGCCUUCGAUCGGCUGCGUGAGGUGGUGCCUGCUCCUACAAUUGACCAGAAGCUGUCCAAAUAUGAGACGCUGCAAAUGGCGCAGACCUACAUAGCGGCGCUAUGUGAGAUGCUGGGCAACGAACUUGACGCAGCCAACUAUGCGCUGCAGCGCGGCGAGCACAUAACAUUUCAGGAGGACAUUCGAUUGCAGUGAAUUUGACAGAACUCUUUGAGGUGGAAGCAAGAAAAAAGUAUGUACUUUGAUGUGUGCUGUGCAGUUUUAAACCAAAGCAAAGAGGUGCGCGUGGCAGGAGUGACCGACCGCCGCUAUUCGCUCGUUAGUGUUAAGUGAAUGUGUACUAAAUAAGUAAGAAAUAUUUUAAUUUGUGAAUUUAUAAGUGCUUUUAAUUAAAAAUGUAAUAAA